UACGCUAAUCGACAGCUUAGCGUCACACGAAGUAGAACACACCUAUUCACUGUCUGGUUCACUGCCAAUUAUUUCCCGUAUAUUUACAAUGCCAUUGGUUUAGAGUGCUGCCAAUUUCACAGCUAAAACAGGAGAUUAACAUUUAAAUGUGACUAUUAAAUAUACUAUUUGUGUAACAUUGAUGAUUACGUUUGUUUAGACAGAAUUGUUUUGAAAAAAAAUGGAAAGGGGACAAAGUCAGGCACAGUUAUUGUCUGUUCAAUAUUUUUUAUUUAUAAAAAAAAAGAGAGAUGCGUUGUCCAGGCACUUGUGCAGUGCUAUUUUUAUGUCAUUCCACUUGACUUUUCCAAUGGGCCCCCCUGACUGGGUCUUGGCCCCCCCUGUGCCACCCUGUAAAAAACAAACAAACCCUAGAAUCGCCUCUAGUAGGGAUCUGAGACGUAACACUGAAAAGGGGCGGCGGGGAAAAGAAAAAGGUAGGCCACGCCCAUUUUGUUUUAGAAACCCCGCGUCGUGACGUCACACAUCUUAAAAGUGCAGGGUUACUUAAGUUUCCGGGUGUCUCCCUUUUUUCAGAGGGCGGAGUCUGAGCUGCGGCGGUCAUGUGACCCAGUCCAGCUGGACUAACCACCGAAAGUUUUCCGGCUCAGUGCGGAGUCUCGGAGAGGGAAUUCGUGGACUCGUGGAAGAAGACUGUGUUUUUUCCGACACUAAUCUUUUUAAAAGUAAUUUUACGGCAAAGUUUUGUUAUUGUUUUCAGUUGUCGACAUGUGAAUCGGAUGCUUCAGUCAAACAGCGGUGGGGUAAGAAGGGUUGAUUGACCUAGAGGCAGAUCUGGAUCUCGGCACAGAGUCUGGACGAGGAAGUCGAGGAGAAACAAUGCUCCAGGAGGAUACAGAGACUGAGAGGGAGAGACGAGUGUCUCGACUCCGAAGCUCUUCCAUAGAGAUCAGAGAAAAAGGCACAGAGUUCCUCAGAGAGCAGCUGGAUGCUGCACAGAAGGAGUUGAAGCUAAAGGGGGAAGAAUGUGAGCGCCUGUCUCAUUUGAGAAACCAGCUGGAGCAGGAACUAGAAGAGUUGACUGCAAGUCUGUUUGAGGAAGCUCACAAGAUGGUGAGGGAGGCCAAUGUUAAACAGGCCACUGCCGAGAAGCAGCUAAAAGAGGCACAGGGCAAGAUUGAUGUGCUUCAGGCAGAAGUGACUGCAUUAAAGACCCUCGUGCUGACCUCCACCCCCUCCUCCCCUAAUCCCCAGCUCCACCCCCAGUUACUCUCCCCAGGGUCCAGAAGAGCUGGGAGGACGGGAGGACACACGCGCAACAAGAGCGCCACCCUCACUCUGUCUCAGCUACAAUCAGAGCCACCCAGCGAAAACGCACACACGAGCCGGCAAGAAAAAGAGCUGGACUCUGUGUUGUUUGCUGAGUUUUUGUCCUGGAGAGAGAAACCCAGUCUGGAUCGGUCAUCUGCCUUCCUGACCCGGAUCUACAACGAGGAAAUCGGACCCUGUCUUUCUUUCACCUGCUCAGAACUGUCUCGGUCAGUUCAGAGCGCUGUGGAGAAUAACAUUCUGACUAUCGAGCCUGUCGCCUUGACCACAUCGCAGAUGGACAAGACCUCCGCUGUUGACUGCGGAGGACCCAAUGGCUGCCGAGCACCAGUAGAGACGAAGUGUGCUCUGAGUGGAAUGUCUCAUCUCUGCCGACAUCGCAUCAAACUGGGAGAUAAAGAGAAUUAUUACUACAUCUCGCCUUCCAGCAGAGCGAGGAUCACAGCAGUGUGUAACUUCUUUACUUACAUCAGAUACAUCCAGCAGGGUCUGGUCAGACAUGAUGCCGAGCAGAUGUUCUGCGAGGUGAUGCGCUUGAGACGGGAGAUGUCCGUCGCCAAGUUAGGGUUCUUCUAUGAAGAGAACUGAAGGACACCCAGAUUCCAUGACAGGUUUUUCUACACCCUGAAAUCCGUCACCAGCACCAGAUCAUCCAUCGAUACACUCCGUUACUGAGACAUUGACUGCUAUGUUAGAAGCCCAGAGGUAAUCUGUGUAAAGGUGUUCUGCCAUGAUGAUCAGUAUUGGACUGGAAUGUGAUUAUUUUUUUUAUUAUUAUUCUAUAACAAUUAGCAUGGUUCUUAUUAUGGAGCAAAUAUAUACAGUUGCCUUGGAUUGA